AUCAAAGAAGCCAAUCCGACAAUUUACCAUAUUCCCCCUUGGUGCCAGUUUGUUGACCCAGUAAGAAAUUAUCAUGAUUGUAUCAGUUUACGUGACAGAGAAUGGUGAUUGUAAGUUGAACUGAGCGUGCCUCCCAAGACCGCUGACUCAAAACGACCGACGGUUGUCAUCACCAAACGCAGCUUCCACCCGUCGCUCGCCGGCACUGCGGCGAGCCGCUUUGCCUUGCCUCUGGCGUCGAGACUAUGAAUGUGAUAGAGGGUUUGGCGAAAAGGUGGCAAGAUCACGGAGCUAGCGUCCGGCCGGGACAUUCUAAAUGCAGUAUAAAUUCCCGAGGUCUUGCCAAUCAGCGAAGAAAGUCAUCAGUCUACCUUGCAAUUGAAGUCGGCAAAAAUUACCUCAGCAGUCGCUCUCCGUAGACCUGCGCGGAAGUGUACUUUGAAAGCAGUGGAAUAGUAAAAGCAGUGGAAUAGUAAAAGGAGGUACUCUACACACUCACACUGUCUUGCACUGAUCUGCAGCCUGGCAGGAUGGUGUUGGACAACCGUCAUGUUCUCAUUGGUCUGCUACUUGCACUACUGGCAACAGAAGGGAGCAGUCAACUUGGUAGCAGUGAUAAAGAUAAUUAUGUAGCUGGUACUGUACUGCCGCUUGGAUAUGGUAGCGGAGGUCCUUUUCAACCUGAUAAAGAUAUUGUCUCAGACCUUGAUGCAACGCACCCACCUGACGCGGUUAUUACAUCGUCCUCAGCAACGCACCCACCUGAGGCGGUUAUUACAUCGUCCUCACCAACGGACCCACCUGAACCAGUUGUUACCUCGUCCUCAGCAACGGACCCACCUGACGCGGUUAUUACAUCUUCCUCAGCGACGGACCCACCUGAACCGGCUGUUACCUCGUCUUCAGCAACGGACCCACCUGAAGCGGUUGUUACCUCGUCCUCAACAACGGACCCACCUGAACCAGUUGAUUCCGCCAAGUGCAAUGAGACAUUCCACUUUGAAAAUGGCAAAUAUUAUGUAAAAACUACCAGAGAGCCAUUCGAAUCUCCCGAUACUGUGGCCAUAUUCCAGUGCAAUUUAGGGUUUAACCUUAUUGGAUGGCAGGCAAUUCUGUGCGAUGAGACUCCGCCAGCUCAGUGGUAUAAAGCACCGCCAACUUGCCAACAAUACGAGUGUCUAGACCCGCCAUACACAAAGAAAGGUAUUAUAAAACGGAAGGAAGGCGGCAGAUACCCAGGAGGCACGAUAAUAUACAGUUGUAAGACAGGCUUUUGGCUAGAUGGACCAGAUAUUUUAACCUGCCGCAACGGGACGUUUGACUGGUUUCCUUCGCCACCGGUCUGCAGGCCUAUCACCUGCCCCAUACCACCUUCAAUUCGUAAUGGUGCGGUAACUUGGACACCGGGGCUAAGAUUUGGAUCCAAGGCGACAUGGACGUGUGAUCAGCCUUAUAUCUUGGCUGGAAGCCUAAGUGCAGUGUGCGCAGGUGGUGGCGAAUGGAUCACAUAUCGGCAACCCACAUGUGAACCUAAGUGCUACGACACUGUGCCUAGGGAUUUCUAUGAGCGACCUCCAGCAACCUCCACAAGCAGCCCUGAACCCGGCUGUGGUCCGUCUGCAGCUGAUAUCAUUGUUAUUGUAGAUGAGUCAGACAGUAUGGUGUCUGUUCAAAAAGCCUGGUUUCAUGAAACCAUAAGAUACCUUGAAGAUUCUUUACGAAAACAUGGAAUUGGAGUCUACCCCGAUAUCCCCAACCAGUAUAGCUUGGUUGGCUUUGGCCGGUCCCAUUUCCCCAAUGACAGACAUCCUAUUGCCCAGCCGCGGGUAAUCCUGGAUUCUAGCGGAAACCGAGUGUAUGGAGUGGAUGGAUUUGAAGAAGCCUGCGCUGCAUUGCAGGCUUCUGGGUCACGAGAGGAUGGCUACAACUCCAUCAGGUUUGCCCUGGAGGAUAUUCCGGAGCUGCGUUUGCGCCAAGCUAGCGUUGCCCCAAUCGUCAUUCUGGUCACUGAUGAGGAUAGGGAUCGUCACAGGGAUGCUACUUCUCUGACAAGGAGCGGCUUGAAGCAAUUGAUCCGGAAAAGUGGAGCACAGUUGGAGUGUAUUGUGGACAACUCUUUCCUGAUGAAUGGCCGUGAAGGGUAUGGCAUGGAUGCUGGUGGUGUGGUUUACAGAAGCAGUCGCUUUGUGGGCCAGUUUGAGAAGGUACUCGUGACAGGUAACCCUCGCCGUGUGACUGGCUAUCACCGUAGAAACGUCCGCCGGGACUACACUCAUGUGGCACUGGAGCUUGGUGGUGCUGCAUGGGACCUGAAGAAGCUACUGCUGGAUGAUGUCCCAGAUUAUGGAUCCGUUCAGGCGUUUGUGAACCGGACAGUGGAGAUGGUGGAGCACCGUGUUCACAAGUGCUGCACAUGCCGGUGUACAGCAGUAGAUCAUCUGGGCAGGGAGAGAGAGCCCAGCAGCAGUACACCAGCAUAUCUGAGCUGCCAGGCUGCUGCAACAGCUGCAGACUGCAUUCAGGGACGCAUGCCCAAUGCCUUUCGAACACGGACCUGAAGUUAUUGGGUUGCAGCAAUUCUCAAGUAUAGCUCUCUCUCUCUCUCUCUCUCUCUCACACACACACACACACACACACACACACACACACACACACACACACACACACACACGCGCGCGUGCGCGCGCAUAUGCAAGUAAGAGAGUAUAGUGUCCUUCCCUGCUUGGACAUAAUCCCUCCUCAGAGACAGUCUCCUCCUGAAUUUAAAAGUCUAACAGUGUUCAUACAAAUACUCAACUUAUUCGUCUGCUAACUGAGCAAUACAAUUUUUUCAUUUUUUUCUUCUGUUUUCUUUAUCAACUUUAAUAAUCCUCCCUACCUGAUCUCCCUUUGGUGCAUCCAUGGAGCUAUGAUUGUAGAAAAAACACACAUACAUAUAUACACCCAAUGCUGUAGAUAGCAAGCUGUUUUGGCCAUAACGGCCUCAUCAGUACCACAGCUCUAUCUUUUUGUCUGUCAAAUCCUAUUUAUAGGAUUUUUCCCAAUUUUUGGGAAAGGGUAGAUCAUACCUUACAAAGUAAAGUUCUUUCUUCAAAAA